CACAAAGCUCGUCCUCGCCUGUUGUCUCCUGCUGUUUGCCACGAUCCCACCCAAAGCACCGUGCGCGGUCUGCUCAUGCUGCUUCGUCCCUCUCUCCUAACCCCCGAACUCGUCUAAACAUGCGUCUGCACCCCCAAGAGCGCGUGUCUUACGACAAGACUCCCUCGACCAACUCUCGGGUCGUCGGCGUCCAGGAGAGCGCCGAGUACGCAGGCGACUCGGCCGAAGUAGCCGCUGGCGACCGCGGAGCCCUCGUCGACAACGACGAGGAGGAACGCACGCUCAAGCGUGUACAGGAGCUGUGGUUUGACGAUGGGAAUAUCGUUCUUCAGGCGGAGGACACGCAGUUUCGCGUGCAUCGGUCGAUACUCGCCAUCCACUCCAAUGUCUUUCGUGGCAUGCUCUCCCUACCACAGGUGGGGUGCGACGAGGAGAAGAUCGAUGGCUGUCCGGUUGUCUUCCUUCCAGGGGACGCCGCACAGGACAUGACCUACCUUUUCAUGGCCAUCUAUUACUCUGACUUCUUCGAGUCCCCACCUGCCCCCACGACCUUUGCCAUCGCCGCAGGCAUCCUGCGCGCCGCCACGAAAUACGACAUCCUCAUGCUCCGCAACCGCGCCGUGCGCCACUUCGACACAGUCUACCCCACCGAGCUCCCGCCCUCCCCCGUCGACACCGUCGCAGGCAUCCCGCCCACCUUCGGCACCUUCCAGCCCUCGCGCCAGGAAGACGCCGAGGCGCUCCACCUCGCGCGCACGCUCGACCUGCCGUGGAUCCGGCCCUACGCGAUGUACCGCGUCUCGACGCGCGGGCUGAUCGCGGACCAGGAGACGACGCAGCAGGCGGACGAGUUCCAGUGCGUGAGCGUCGCGGACCGCUUCAAGUGCCUGCAGGCGCAGACGAAGCUGCUCUACGCGACGCUCAACGACGUGCUCUCCUUCCUGCGCACGUCGCACACGUCGCACUCGUGCCAGAGCGCGGACCGCUGCAAGCAGAGCCGCAUCGAGUGGAUGGAGGAGGCGCUGCAGUGGGACUGGAUCGACCCGUUCUUGAUCGAGUUUGAGCCGCGGUGGGAGAAGGGGCUCUGCGAGGAGUGUGUCUGCGUCGCGAAGGCCGACUUUGAGGACGGCCGCGCCAUCGUCUGGUCGAAGCUGCCAGAGAUGUUCUCGGUUGCGAAGAGUUGGGACCACCUGGAGACGUUGAAGUAUAGGGAGCAUAAUCCAGGUCUCAGCCACCCAGAUAUGUAAUCCUCGCGCGCGAUGGGUGUCGACCUUGGCGAGCGACCUGCCGCCUAACUGGCAGCUUAACCCUCAGUGCAUAACCCACGCACCCGAAUCUACCCAACCCUUUCUUGGAGACGAACGAACGACACGAUAUUGUCACUGUAUAGUAUGCCAUGUACAACCACCACCACUGAUUCGCUCUUUGGGACUCUGGAGGGCCGCGUCUACGAAUCUACUUUUUUCUGCGUCUGAUUCUGUCGCAUCUGAUCUUCUGUUGCAUCUUUGUCUACUGCGUUGCACAAUGUUUAUUCCAUGCUUUCGCUGUCA